CAAAAAUCAAACAAGGCAAUCCACGUCAGAUACUACACCAUCCCCAUAAAUAAAUAAAUAAAAUCCUCCCCUCUCCUCCCCUUCACCACAAUAGAGACCCAGAGGGAGAAAGAGAGAGAGGAAGGAAGGCAACAGUUUGGCCAUUGUUGGAGCUCUGCUUUGUUCUCUGAAAUCAUCACAGAAAUAAUGGGUGAAGAAAAGAAGGAGGAAGAGAAGAAAGGAGAAGAGGAAGGGAAGAAGAAGGAAGAGGAGAAGAAGAAAGAUGGAGGAGGAGAAGAGAAGAAAGAAGAGGAACCACCUCAGCCUCCACCUGAGAUUGUGCUCAAAGUCUAUAUGCAUUGUGAAGCUUGUGCUAGGAAGGUCGCUAGAGCCCUCAAAGGCUUUCAAGGAGUGGAGGAAGUGAGCGCAGAUAGCAAGACAAGCAGAGUGGUGGUGAAAGGGAAAACAGCAGACCCAUUGAAGGUGUGGGAAAGGCUUCAGAAGAAGAGUGGGAGGAAAGUUGAGUUAAUCUCUCCUUUGCCUAAACCACCUGAGGAAAAACCCAAAGAGGAAGAAGAACCUCCCAAAGAAGAUCCACCCAAAGAACCCGAGAAAAAGGAUGAGGUAAAUUAUGAUUCAAUCAAUAACGAAUUAUUCCCUCCCCCAGUAAUAACAGUUGUGCUGAACAUAAGGAUGCAUUGUGAAGCUUGUGCUCUAGGCUUGCAAAAGAGAAUCCGGAAGAUAUCAGGAGUGGAAUCAGUGGAGACAGACAUAGUAAACGGGACAGUGACAGUGAAAGGGGUGGUGGAGCCAGGGAAGCUGGCAGAGGAUGUGUACAAGAAGACCAGAAAACAGGUUUCCAUAGUAAUCAAGGAGGAAGAGAAGAAGGAAGCAGAAGAGAAGAAAGAAAAGGAGGAUGACAAAAAGAAGGAAGAUGAAGAGAAGAAGACAACAGAAGGUGAGCAGCAGCAGAAAGAAGAAGAAGGGAAGUCCUUAACGGAGGAGGAAAUGUUGAAGAGUGGGAUCAAGAGAAGUGAGUACUGGCCAUCAAGGAAUUACAGCAUGGAGUACUAUUCUUACCCUCCUCCCCAAAUCUUCAGUGAUGAGAACCCUAAUGCUUGCUCUCUUAUGUGAUUUUUAGAUGUCUAAUAUGGUGGAUAUGGUGGUUAUAAGAUGUUAAACUGCAAGAGUACUUCUUUGUGGGAGGGUUUGGUGUUUUUUCCUUCUCUUAGUUGAGUUUUAAUUUUGUACAAUCAUCUUAUGUAUAAUGGGUUUUGUAAUAAGACAUGGAGUCAUAUGGAGGGUUACAGGAUGUAUGUCUGAAAUGGAUCAAACAGUUACUCUUUGUUUGUAUAUUGUUAGCACCCUAACUUUCUUUUACAUUGUUAGCACCCUAACCUGCGUCUAUAUUUAUGAGAUGAGAUUUAGAUA